GGAUGAUGAUCAAAUAUCCGAAUGUACCCCGGAUAUUCCUGGCAGUUUUUAUCUUCAUCAGUUAUGGCAAUGCUCAGUAUUAUCCCAUAACCGGGGUGACGACUGGUAUCAAUUCGAAUACAAAGGCUCGACCUUUCAGACAAAAUAUCAACGAUUUACAAAAUAAUACCCCGCAAUGGUAAGCUUCUCCGCAGUGUAUGUUUUGGGCAUGCAUCAUCUUCAUGGCGCCUCUUAUAUUGAUGUGGUUAUGUUAAAGGUCGAUAUACAUUCAAGCGCUUCAAGCCAUGCAAGCUGAAAACGAAUAUACUAAUGGGCUUUCGUACUUUCAACUGGCAGGUAAGUGGCUUCCAAUAUCUUAUACGAGUUAAUAGUUGAAGCACCCUCGAAGAAUUUACUUUCGGUAUUAACUUUUGAAACAUCUAAUAGGUAUUCACGGUAGACCAUAUGUUGCUUGGGAUGGUGUAAAUCAAGCUAUCGGUGCUCCAACUACAGGUUAUUGUACACAUGGUAUUGUGUUCUUACUUAAGAUGUGAAAACAAGUAUUAAUAUAAACUUUAGAUUCGGUUUUAUUCACUACAUGGCAUCGUCCAUACCUCGCACUCUUUGAGGUAUAUCCUCCCUCCCCUAAUCAGACAAAAUCGCAGCUCACUCACUUUCCAUCUCUAACCACAGCAAGUCCUUGCUAGCUAUGCUCAGAAAAUAGCAAAGAAUUACAUCUCAACGCUAUACCCCGACUACCAGACCGCUGCAAAUAACCUGCGCAUCCCCUACUGGGACUGGGGAUCCACCCCAAAUAUGCCCAGUAUCGUCAAUGUCGCCACUGUCUCCAUCGUAACACCCUCUGGCGCUACUACCUAUGUCAAUAACCCUCUUUUCAGGUACAAUUUCCAAAACACGCCACUAAAUCAGCAACAAUUUCCGCCAGGGGAUAGUGAUGGCAUGCUGGCACAGUAUAAUUGGACUGUGAGAGAUCCAGACUAUCUCGGUGGACAGAGUAAUUUCAACGCCGCAAAUACAAAUUUGCAGAACGCGGGUUUGGGAGAUCAAGUGGUGAGUUUGCUACUGACAUCUCAUUUGUGCCUGUGAUUCUAUAUGGUUCGAUGGACGAUUGAUAUAAAUUUGGAAAGUUCAGAGAAACGAGAUGCAUAUGCUGAUAUAAGCGAGGUGACAGUGGACAGCAGUUAUGAAAUCGAAAAAUUUCAACAACUUUGCCACGAUGGCUAGCUCGGGGUCGAGUAUAGAAUCACCUCAUGGUGCCGUACAUGUUCUUGUAGGAGGUGCUUAUGGACAUAUGUCUUUUUUGAGCUAUUCUGGAUUUGACCCAAUAUUGUAAAUUCUUCUUUUUUCGCUCCUCCCUCAACACUUUUCAUUCUCUGUGUUCCCCUAUUCCUGUCUCGUGCAUUACAAAAGAGCUGACCUAGCUAGUUGGCUCCACCAUGCAAAUGUUGACCGGGUCCUUUCCAUGUAUCAAGCCAUCAAUCCUUCGACAUACAUCACGCCACUAAUCGAUUACUAUGGCACCUACACUAUUCCCCCAGGCUCUGUUGACACCGCAUUCACAGCACUCAAGCCCUUCGCCAUCGACAGUUCUACCUUCUUCACAUCAAAUACCUGCAGGUCAAUGUCACAGUUUGGAUACAGUUACCCAGAGAUCAUGGAUUGGAAUAUGACAUCCGCACAAAUGGCAAGCUACGUAACAGGAAGAGUGAACGCAUUAUACAAUGCCGAUGGAAGUAAUUCGAAGAUCAAGAAGAGGAGUUUCAAGAGUAAAGAUCCUUCACUGAUACACCAAUUUGAAGGAUCAAACACGAACAAAACACUGCGAGAAUGGACAGCAGCACUCAGCGUCUCCAAGUUUGACCUCAAAGGUCAACGUUUCAUUAUUCGACUUUUUCUAGGGGAGAUACCAGUCGAUCCAAAGACAUGGGGGAGCAGUGAAAGUCUGGUAGGGAGUUUGGUCAUUUUACCUCCGCCAGGAUCUUCUGCCAACGAUGCGUCGAGGGCGUUGGCAUAUGAUGAGAUUGUUGUUUUGAGGGAACCGGCUAUUGGAGGGAGUUAUAAAGGCUACGAUGAAGAUGGGGAUGGGGAAGGAACGGAAGAAUUCUUGAAGAGGAAUUUGAGGUGGAGGGUGCAGCUUGUGAGUGUUUCUUUGAUAUUUUUAUUUUGAUGAUUUGGAAAUUGAUCAUUGUGCUGAUGAGGACCAAGGUUGAUAAUACUCCAUUACCCUCGACUUCACUACCCACUCUGAAGAUUAGCAUUGGCGAUGAAGUUGUAGCUAUUCCGCACGAUAUCACGAAAAAACCGGUUUAUGGGACGAAAACCCUGCAUCCUGACAUUGUUGUCGGUGGGGAUUGAGCGGGAUUGGAUUGAUAUGUGUUGUUUUGUGACCUAUUUGUUUGCCUUGUUCAUGAAAUGGAAGAGGGGAAACGAAAUAAAUUAAUAUGCAUUCGUAGUUAACGAAGGAAAGAAAUUGUAUAUA